GCCAUCUUGAAAAUAGUCGUCGCGGUGUAUCUCGACGGACAUUUAAUUCCAUCGGACCGAAUUUUUAUGACUUAGGUUAAAAGCUCGCAUCUGAUCAUGUCAACGGAAGAUUUUCAAACAAAGUACGCCCGUUUCAUGGACGGCUUGGUUAAAAGUACGGUCACAGAAACAACCAAACUUUUUGAAACGGUGGUUGAUGAAUUAAAAGCAGAAUUGUCGAAGGUGAAGUCGGAAAACGAGGCCCUGAAAACAACAUGCAGACAAAUGGCUAAUGCGAAAACCUUUGCCAUUAAAGAGCCCGGGCAAAAUGGCUGUUCGAAUAUCCAGGAUGCAGCUGUGCAAUGUGAUAUUCUUCCUUACCAUCUUUUGAUGGUAGAUCAACCAGUGGUGCAAAGUGGAGAGGAACAAGUCAAACAAUGUAAAGAAGAGCAAAUGCUGUACAUUGUCCUAAACAACCAUCAUGGUGUUGCUGAAAAAGAAGAAAAUCCAGACAUGACAGUUUCUAUUCCAAACCAUGAGGACUCUGAGCCCACUGUUGCCAGCAGAAACAUAUUGUGCACAUUUCCAGAUCCACCACCAACCACCGCUUGUGGGAAUGAAAUCAGAGACCCUGAGAUUGGCCAACAAUGUUUGACCAAAGAGCUCAGAAAAAGACAAGGCACUCAAGUGACUAGUUUGGACGUGGGUCACAAUUUACCCGAGGCACCCAAUCAAUCAAUACAGCCUGUAAAUUAUGUCAUCUCUCUCGCUGCAAUUAACAACGACAUGGAAGCUGGUCAAAUCUCAGCUCAAUCGUCGGAGGCAUCAGAGGUUCGAACUGAGCUGCCAUCAUUGGGAGACGUACUGAAUGUCGAGCCAACACUUUGGAACAAACAGCUAGGAGAAAAAGAAAAAUAUAUCUUGACGAAAGUUAAGACCGAGUGGGAAACAGGAGACCAAAACGAUACCGAAAGAAACAUAACGACGCCUCAGAUUGUGAAUUCGUUUGCGCAAGCACCGUCGCCUGCGCUCACUAUGUGUAGCGGCUCCGCAACGGUACAGGAUGCAAUGCUUCUCCUUGACGCAAUGGGUCACUCCAAGAAUCGUAGCGCCCCGCAGGAAGUGCCGACACCCCGAGACUGCUGUCUUGGUUCUACUUUGGCAUCUGUGGUGUCGUCUCUGUUAGCUCCUCAACUACUGCUUUUGCCCUCGCCGCCGACCGUCACGUCCGACAAAACAGUCGGCUCAACGCAACAAAGGUCAAACCCAACGGUGUUUAAAAAAGUCAAAGUAAUCAUUCGCAGAGCUCCCGAUGUUGUGGCCAGCCCGCUGCAAUUACCGGAGACACUCAACCAGGAUGCAAUUGGACCAGCCGUCGCUAUGACAUCAUCAGAGGAACCAAACGCAGUCGCUCAAGUGACCUCAGAUCAAAGUCAAUCCUCGUUUCAGCAAGCCGAACCUUCAUCGCAGCAGACAAACAUUUGUGAUAGUUUCCAAAUAAGUCCAGGCGAGCAAGCAGCGACUGAGAGCGUAGCGAUAACGGGCUCGUUGUCACCCCCGCGACCGGAAUCAGAGCAGAUGAACAUCAGUGAAGAAAAAACUCCCGGAGAACAAGCCGAGUCAUUGUCAAGUCCGACUCUACCGACAUCGCCAUCUCCGCAAAUGGAACCUUCAUCAGAGCCAGCGAGCUUUUGCCAAAAUUUAACUCCCGAGGAACAAGCGGCAGCAUCGUCGAGCGAGAGUGCGCCCAUAAAGUCUCGUCCUCUCGUCCCACUCAUCAAACUCAAAAGGCUGCCACCUCUGUCCGCUGGCUCCGUUUUGCUUCCACAAUCGUUAAGUGAUGAUAGCGAAUCCGGAGACAUACCAGCAGGUGAUAGCGCCUCGGCUCUCCUCGAUGACCAGGCAUUAAAAACGACAACCCGUCCAUCGCAAGUCUCAACCAGCUCCUGUCCAGAUUUAAACGGCUCUUCUACCAUUCCCGAGGAGUUAUGUGGACCUCACUUGCCAUUGACCCAAAUCCAGUUGCUUGCGCAGCUGUGUUUGGCGCCUGUAAUUCAAGAUGCCGAAAAGGCAUCACCAAACAAGUCUGCGCAUCCCCAAAAUUUGUCCGAUGCCCUUGGCAAAGAAUCCAUCAUUGUCCAUCCUCGCAUCACCUGCAAUACAAACUCUCGGACUAAAAGAACAAACACCGAACCAGAACCGCAGACAGGCAAGCCACCUAUCCCCGAAAUCGCCAAGAAAGCCAAAUUGGAAAGCGUUCAUGAUCCUACCCCGAAGCCUGUUCCAGUUCCCGCAAAGAGAGCCGUGUCCUUGAGUCCCACGGGGCCACCUAAAGAAAAUGCCUUUUCCCCACCAAGUCUCAGGAAUCAACAGAAGAGUGCGACCAUCACUCAAAGUAAGACUGUUUCUGUCAGAACCCGAAACCCGGUCGUGCGUUUGUGUCGGUUAUCCCUAAAAGGCGCUUUGUUUGUCAUCCCGUCGCCGCACACAGCCGCUAAUAUGCGUGUAAGGUCACGUAAAGAUCCCACCACUAAGAAUUCCAAGAAUUGUCUCUCCCGUACGAAAAUUGCUCGUGAGAAAAAUAUAAAUCUGCCUCGACACCAGUCUGCCGAUACAAUAAAAAAAGAAAAGACAAAAAUCACGAGCGAGCAAAAAUUCCAAUUACUUCCCACCGGUAUGAAAAAUGCUCCAAGUGAAGCUCUCUGGAUUUACAAGGCUCCCGAAGAGCAAAUCUCCAAACAAGAAUCAAAUUCAUUAGGAGCGAAAAGCGGUUCCUCGAGUGUCCAGUCGCCCAAAUUGGCUAACGGCAGUCUGGUUCAGACGAGAGAAAAAUCGGGAUCCAAUCAAAAGUCUACCGUUGAAGAAAAUACAAAAGUGCAGGACACAAAGAAAUCAGUCCAAAUGAUUAAAACCGAAUCCAAUAUAAGUAAGCCGAUCGUUCACCAGCCUGCGGGAAACAAAUGGCCGUCUUCGAUUGCGCGAGUAGGAGAAACCCCCCAGCAGCUUCGAUUUGUCAUCUCGGAGAAGAACCUGCUUAAGAACCAGUGCAGGUAUUGCGGCCGCAUCCUUUGCGACAGUACGUCCCUCAAUAGUCACAUCAGACUGCAUACGGGCCACAGGCCAUUCUGUUGCAAAAUUUGCCCAAAGAACUUUCCCAACGGCAGAGGCCUGAAACGACACAUCCUCGUGCAUCGCAAGGGGAGGAAGAACGUUUGCAAGCAGUGCGGGAAAGACUUCGUCUACAAAUUUGACCUCACCAAACACAUCCAGAUGGUGCACGGCAAAAUGAAGCCCUUCAUUUGCCAGCUGUGUGGCAAAGCCUUCUUCACAAAACGAGACGUGGAGACCCACAUACGAGGCCACACGGGGGAGAAACCCUAUCACUGCUACUUGUGCGAGAAAAGGUUUUUGAGGAGCACCGAACUCAGCGCGCAUCUGAGGUGGCAUCGCGGCGAGAAAAGACAUUGGUGCCCCUAUUGCGGCAAAGGAUUCUUCGACCAGACCAACCUGAAGAGACAUAAGUAUAUCCAUACAGGAGAGAAACCACACUCCUGCCCACAUUGCCCGAAACAAUUUACACAGUCUGGACACCUGAAAAAGCAUGUUAAAAAUGUACAUAAAGUACAAUGAGAGCAAGCCUGCUAGUUUUGUCAUCUUUCUUUCUUUUUAUAUGUAGAUUCAAUUCAUAAAAUGCCCGUGACAGAGAAUGAAUAGAUUAAUAAAAGGAUUUCAAGAAUA